UCCCCAUGGCGGACAAUGGAUGCUUCAGAGAGAAGAUGGCUCCUGAACGAACUGGCUGAUUUAAUUGCAAGGGACUGUCUGCUUUUGGCAACAAUGGAAUCAAUAAAUGUUGGAAAAGUCUUUCCCAAUGCCUACAUGAUGGAUUUAGGCUCCUCUGUGAAUGUUUUAUGCUACCACGCAAGCUGGGCCGGUAAGGUUCAGGGUUGUACAAUCCCAAUUGAUGGGAAGUUUUUCUCAUAUACAAGACAUGAACCUGUCAGUGUUUGUGGCCAAAUCAUUCCUUGGAAUUUCCCUUUGGAAAUGCUUACAUGGAAAAUUGGACCCGCCCUUUGCUGUGGAAACACUGUAUUCAUCAAACUAGCAAAACAGACCUCACUCACUGCUCUUCAUGUAGCAUCAUUAAUUAAAGAGGCAGGAUUUCCACCAGGAGUAGUGAAUAUUGUGUCUGGUUAUGGACCCAUGGCUAGAGUAGCCAUUUCUUCUCAUGUGGAUGUAGAUAAAGUAUCCUUCACAGGGUCUACAGAGGUGCCUUCUGGGAAGUGCAACCUGAAAAGGGUUCUACUGGAGCUGGGAGAAAAGAGCCCUUGCAUUGUAUUUGCUGAUGCUAACAUGGAUAAUGGCAUGGAAUUCAUGCACCUUGGCUUAUUAUUCCACCAGGUCCAGUGCUGCACCAUUGCAUUGAGACUUUUUACAGAGUCUAUUUACAAUGAGUUUGUUUGGAGGAGUGUGGAGCAUGCCAAGAAAUACACACUCGGGAAUCCUCUGAACCCAGGAGUACAACAAGGCCCUCAAAUUGAUAAAGAGCAAUACACUAAAAUACUUUCUCUCAUUGAGAGUGGGAAGAAGGAAGGAGCCAAACUGGGAUGUAGAGGAGGACCAUGGGGAGACAAAGGUUUCUUCAUCCAGCCCACAGUAUUCUCCAAUGUCACUGAUGAGAUGCGCAUCCCCAAAGAAGAGAUUUUUAGACCAGUCCAACAAAUAAUGAAGUUUAAGACUAUCAAUGGAGUGAUCAAGAGGGCCAAAAAUUCCUACUAUGGCUUAUCAGCAGACAUUUUCACCAAAGAUCUUGAUAAAGCCUUGACAGUUUCUUCUGCCCUUCAAGCUGGAACAGUCUGGGUGAAUUGCUAUGGUGUGGCUUCUCCUCAGACCACUUUUGGUGGAUUCAAGGUGUCUGGAAAUGGGAGAGAAUUGGGAGAAUAUGGUCUCCAUGAGUGCACUGAAGUCAAGACUGUCACAAUCAUGAUUUCUGAGAAGAACUUCUAA